UUUGAAAGAUUCACCGACGUCGGUGGGCGGAGCGGACUCGGCGGCUGUGCUUCUGCGCAGGCGCAGUGGUGACCAUAAAAGGUCCGUUGGCGGCAGGUGGUCACGUGAGGCUUUUUGUCCUCCUUCCCGUGGCGUGUGCGGCGCGGAGCGGGAGAGGGCUAUGAUUCCUGGUGGCUCAAAGAAAUCUCAAGGUGAUAAGAGAAAACUAAAGUUGAUGCCACCGCCAGUGCCAGUGUGGGACAAGAGGCAGGCUUACAAGGAGCUCCUGUACUGGGACGAACUCAUUCGCAGUGGCAGGCGCCUGUAUCCUCAGGACUACGAUAGAUACGAGGAGUUGCGUCUGUGGUACGAUUGUCUCUGCUUUGAAGAGGGGUUGAAAUCUCAUCGUCUGAGGAGCUUGGAAAAGCUAUAUAAAACCCCAAGGAAACCUCGCGGGGAACCAAAGGAACCACCUGUGGAGCCAAAGGUACCUGAGAAGAAAGAGCAAGUGGGGACUAAAACCACAAUGCGUCCCAUGCGUAUUUUUGUGAAUGAUGACCGGCAUGUGAUGGCAAAACAUGCUGCCAUCUACCCAACUCAAGAAGAGCUGGAAGCAGUACAGAAUAUGGUGUCACAUACCGAAAGGGCAUUGAAGGCAGUUUCUGAUUGGUUGGAUGAGCAGGAGAAGGCCAGUUCUAAAUCAGAAGUCACUGAAGCAACUGAGGAACCUGCAACAGAAGGAGAGAACAAGGAAGGAAUGGAAGACCAUGACAACUUUACCAUGGAGCAAAAGUCAACAGAACAAAAUGCCAGCCGGACCCUACGGGGUGUGAUGCGAGUUGGGUUAGUUGCCAAGGGACUCCUCUUGAAAGGAGAUCUUGACCUUGAACUUGUACUACUGUGCAGGGAUAAGCCUACUAAAUCACUGCUGACCAAGGUCAAAGAUAAUCUGGCUGUACAAUUUGCGACCAUCACUGAGGAAAAGUAUGAAAUAGAUCCUUCAAUUAAAGAUGCAGCCAUCAUUAUUAAGAAUGACAAAGAAGAACCACUAACCCUGAAGAUUAAAUUGACCUCUCCUCUGGUCCGGGAAGAACUUGAGAAGCAGGCUGCUGGAGAAACAGUAACGAUGAGUGAGCCUGCGGAUGUAUUGGACAGGCAGAAAUGCCUAACCGCCUUGGCGUCCCUGCGACACGCCAAAUGGUUCCAGGCCAGAGCAAAUGGGCUGAAGUCAUGUGUAAUUGUCAUUCGUGUUCUCCGGGAUUUGUGUUCAAGAGUUCCCACCUGGGCGCCACUUAAAGGAUGGCCUUUGGAGUUGAUCUGUGAAAAAGCCAUUGGAACUGCGAACAGACCUUUAGGUGCAGGAGAAGCAAUGAGAAGGGUCUUGGAAUGCCUAGCUUCUGGAAUUUUAAUGCUUGAUGGACCUGGUAUCUAUGAUCCAUGUGAAAAGGAAGCUACUGAUGCUGUUGGUGCUCUUACCAGACAGCAAAGAGAGGACAUAACUCAAAGCAGUCAGCAUGCCUUGCGGCUGGCUGCAUUUGGACAGUUGCAUAAGGUAUUGGGAAUGGAUCCACUGCCUUCUAAGCUCCCUAGAAAACCUAAAAAUGAAAAUCCAGUGGAUUAUACAGUUCAAAUUCCUCCAAGUGCAUUCAGCACCCCAGUGAAGCGGCCAAUGGAUGAAGACUCUGGUGAGGAUAAGUCUCCAAACAAGAAGAAGAAGAAAACUCAAAAGAAAGCAGCAGAAGAAAAGGUUGAACCAGCCCAAGCAAUGAAUGCAUUAAUGAGACUCAAUCAACUACGGCCAGGUCUUCAGUACAAAUUAAUCUCUCAGACGGGUCCUGUCCAUGCUCCAGUAUUCACCAUGUCUGUAGAAGUUGAUGGAAAGAACUAUGAAGCAUCAGGACCAUCUAAAAAAACUGCCAAGCUUCAUGUAGCAGUCAAGGUUUUGCAAGAUAAAGGUCUUCCAACAGGAGUGGAACCUGAGAAAAUUGAAGAAACGGUGAUUAAAGUGGAACCCAAGCCUGUCGCUCCAGUCCCUGCAGCGGUGACUGUAAAACCACCUACUGUAACUCCAGAGGCUGAGAGUACACGUCAGCAAGGUCCAAUUUUGACCAAACAAGGAAAAAAUCCAGUAAUGGAGCUGAAUGAGAAGCGAAGGGGACUUAAAUAUGAAUUAAUAUCAGAGACUGGUGGCAGCCAUGACAAGCGGUUUGUUAUGGAGGUUGAAGUUGAUGGUCAGAAAUUUACUGGGUCAGGCUCCAAUAAGAAAGUGGCAAAAGCCCAUGCUGCACUGGCUGCUCUGGAAAAACUUUUUCCCCACCAGCCUCCUAUGGAAGUAAAGAAGAAAAGGAUUAUUCAGCCACAGCAGCACAACAUGGGAUUUGGAGGUGGCAUGGGUAUGGGAGUGCUUCCUUCUGGUCCCCCUACAGGCCCUCCUGUACAAAGAGGUAGAGGCAGAGGACGUGGAAGAGGUGGCAGAGGUGGUUUCAAUACUUCCAACAAUUCUGGCUACAUGUCUUCAGGGACUGGUUAUGGUGGAGGAAGCUAUGGAUAUGGUGGUGGUGGAGGAGGAGGAGGAAGUGGUGGCUCCAACUAUGGUUAUGGAUCCUCUAAUUCUUCAAGUGGAUAUGGUAACUACUACAACAGUGGCAGCUACUCCAGUUCAGGCUCUUCAGGGGGCUACUCGUACAGCCAGAAUGAUGGUUAUACCCCUCCACCUAAAAAGCCAAUCAAACCACAGCCCCCACUUCAGAAAUCAUCAUACGGUGGUGGUGGAGGAGGUGGUGGUGGUGGUGGUGGAUACCAGUCUCAGCAGUCCUCGUACAGCCAGAGCCAGUACAGUAGCUACAGCCAGCCCUCACUUUCAGCCUCAACGAAACCAAAAGUCUACAACAGUCAAAAUUAUUCAUAUUCAGGAUCCUCCUACAGUAGUUCCUAUUCAAGUCAGAAUCUUGGUGGUAGCGUGGAAUACGAACGAAAAGGUGGGUACAGUGGUUCGUCGUACGGUUCUGGUGGAGGUAGUUCAUAUUCUUCUAGCACUUCAGGAGGUUAUGGAGGUGGAAGUUCCGGUGGCUCUUAUUCUGGGUACUCAUCCCAGAGUGGCUAUAACGCACCAUUAUCUGGAGGAUUUGGUUCCAGUCAGUCAUCUUAUUCAAGCCCUGGUGGGGGCUAUAGCCGAGGGGACCACAUGAACACCUAUCAAUACAGAUAAAUACACAUGUCCAGGACCUGUUACAGAAAAUCCUAUAUCCCUUCUGUUUUAUUUUCUAACUGCUGUAUCUUUUUUUAUGCUGCCAAUAAAUUUUAAAAAGAAAACACCUUGUAUGACCAUUUUCCACUAGCACUGCAUACUCUUAUGGUUGAGUUUAAUAGCAUUCCUGUAGUAAGUAGUGCUGUGGUAUGUGAUGCUUCAUUGUAGUGUUUAGGAUCCAGACUGGAAUUCCAGUACCACCAACUAAUUGGCACAGGCUGCCUUCUAUUUUGCUGUGGCAUAGAGGCCACUUCAAUAACUCUGCAUAGUCAUAAUUGUAUAAAAUGUUAAAUUAUUAUUUGUCUUGGAAGGUGGUGAACAAAGUGGGCAUUGCUGUCAACUACUGACCAAAUAGUGCCCUGUGUUGGAUAAGAUACUGUACUGACAAGAUCACAACAGAUUAACUUGGUGUUGGCUUGUACUGAAUGAAGAUUUUCUUUUCAUUUUUGUGGCCCCAAUGCUGUAAUACUAAGCAGAACUUUUGUUUCUCUUUUUAAUUAUUCCAGUCCCUGUGUUAUUGGCACCUUCAAUGGUUCCUUUUUAAAAUUAGAUUUUAAAAAAGUGCACCAAAAUAAACCGGUAAUGCACUCUGGUUCCAGCAAUUCACUUUGUAAUGGGUCAUUUUUUUUUUGCCUGGCAGUUGUGAUGCUUUAAUAUCCCUUCCUCUCUGUAAUGUAUAACUUUUCAAUGAUUUUUCUUGUCUAGAAGUGGAGCUUUGUUCUGAAAUGUACUACUUUUCCCAGUUUAGUUUUAUAAUUGUGUGAAUUAUUUUAAGAUACCAUGUUUUGUACUUUUUUUUUCCCCUGUAUUAGUUGAACAGUAUUGCGGUUGACCUUCCUCAGUGGUUCAAUAAAACGUUUAUAAAGUAA